AUGGAUUUUGCUACUUUUUUGGACUCCUCUUCCCUCUUGCCUCUGCCUUCCAAAGGGAAUAAAUUUAACUGGAGCAAUAGCAGGGAGCGAGGGAACGUAGCUGCUGUGUUGGACAGAAGUUUCUGCAAUUCGGCUUGGCUAGAUCUUUAUAAUGAUGCAUACCAGCGUGUUCUUCCGAGAUCGGUAUCGGACCACUUACUGCUAGUAGUUUUCUCUGAUCUAGUGCCCAAGCCUGUGAACUGCCCCUUCAGGCUUCAUCGCUUUUGGCUGGAACACUACGACUUUGCUGCUGUAGUAAGUCAAUCAUGGGUUGAGUAUGUUUCGGGUUUCCCCUUUUUUGUGGUUACUCAGAAGUUAAAGAGGUUAAAAGCCAUUCUAAGAAUCUGGUCACGGUCGGCCUUUCCUAAUGUGAACCUAGAGGUGGAUCGGGCCAGAACUGCUCUUGAGGAUGCCCAAGAGGUCGUUAAAAAUGUGGGUUGUUCUGAGUAUCUCAUCCAAUGUGAAAGCCAGGCUAAACAAGAGUAUAUUAAUGCUAUCAAACUGGAAGAAAAGCUUUGGUUAGAGAAGUCCAGAAAUCGGGCUCUAACAUGCGGCGAUCGGAAUACAAGAUUCUUCUAUCUAGCAACGAAGAUCAGACGCUCAAAAAACUUCAUUAGGGUGUUGAAGAAGGCAGAUGGGAACCUGAUCAAUGAUGCUUCCCAAAUCAGUAACUAUAUUACAGAUUUUUAUGAAUCUUUCCAUAGGCGGGCGAACUCUGAUGCCCACCCUGAGAUUUUGUCUUGUAUCCCUUCGGUUAUCUUGCCAGAUGAUAAUGCUUUUCUUACUACAGUUCCAAGUAAGAAGGAGAUCAAAGCAGCAGUUUUCGACUUGGAUCCAGAUAGUGCUCCAGGGCCCGAUGGUUUCCCAGAUGUGUUUUUUAGAUGCUGUUGGAAUAUUAUUGAGAGGGAUGUGUGUCGUGUUAUCUCAAAUUUUUUCCGUGAAGGCAUUAUCACUAAGGGGGUUAAUAGUAACUUUAUUACUUUAAUCCCUAAAAUUGAAGGUGCAGUUACCCUUGACAAGUUUCGGCCUAUUUGUUUGGGACAUUUCCUAUAUAAACUGAUCCCAAAAAUUGUAACCACCCAGUUAUCUGGGAUUUUACCAAAGUUGAUUUCAGAGGAGCAAGGAGUGUUCCAAAAAGGAAAAGUCAUUUUUUCCAAUAUCUGUGUGGCGUCUGAAAUUACAAACUCUCUUCACGUUAAAUCUCAUGGGGGGAGGCAUGGGUCUUAA